AUGUUCAAGCCCGUUGUUCUUUUCAGCCUGCUUCUAGCAGCAGUAAAUGCCGUUCCCACCCCCACCGAGGACAUCGUCCCUCGAUCCUGUGGCACUCUGGGCCCAUCCGUCAUCGAUGUGCUAAGAGUCUCAACGCCCGACAACGCCUCCCCCGGCCAGCAGUUCACUCUCAGCCGCGCCGGGUAUCCCCCGUAUAACACGCAGAUCUCCGCCCUGACAUUCAACUACAUCCCCGCCAACGCAACAGGCUGCAUGCUGGAAAUCGAUAUCCCGGCUCUGGCUCAACCCAACCAGAUCGCUGAAGGCGCCACCCAGGUUGACAUCUGGACUACUGACCCCUGGGAUUAUUACUCGCUGCCUACGUACAACAAGCCGCCGAAGAAGAGGGCGAUGGUCGGCACGUACAUCUUCCCGACACAGCCGACGACGGCGGAAUCGAAGACCAUCAUUGCAUCGAAUACAUGCUCGGAUCCCAUGAGCUUCCUGGUGGAGCUGAGUGGGUGGCAGACUCAGAGUGGCAGUGUCAAUUUUUAUAAUACUCUGGGUGGAAAGCAGGGACUUGUGCCUAUUGGGUUCAGGAUGAUCUUUAACUGUUGA